CAGGAUAUUUUCGAACAAUUCAGCUAUAAUAAUCCGUUAAUUCGAUUAAAAUGUCUAAUAGGACGGAAGGUGAAUUCAAACUCGUUAUGAACGAACGUUUCUACGAGUACCUGAUGGCUCUAGGCCUUCCCUCGGAAAAAGCCCAAGUGGUCGACAGCUUGAAACCCACUUUGAUAAUUACUAAAAACGAAAAAGAAAUUACGAUAACCACCAAAUUGGACACACACUCGACAACUUCUGUAUUGAAAAUAGACCAAACCGUCGAGGAAAAACUGGCUGCUUUAGACGUCGUUCAGAGUUAUACAACUGUUGGUGACGAUGACAUCACUAUAGAUUCGAUAGGUGCUAAAGGAGAAAGAGGAAGAAGACAUUUCGAUUUUUUCGAAAACGGUUUGAUAAUGACACUCUCUAGUGAUAUGGCCGGUAUUCCCGAAGCAACUCGGUUUUAUAGGAGAUUAACGAAUUGAGCAACCACAGAAUUUAUUAAAUAAGAUAUUAAAUAUAGUAAUG